GUUUUGAUGAUUAAGUACUUGCUUUUAGUAUGUUUGAUCACAGCACCCUUUGCUUAAACCCCAGAGGCUAUAGUAACUCAUUAUGAUUUGGAAGGAAAUUUAAUUUAAGAAGAGAGUUCAUUGCAAGGAUCUGAGGACAUUGAUAGUAUGAAUUCAAUGAACAUGAAUCAAUAAGAAUUAGAUUCAAGCAGCAUGGAUUCUAUGGUUACCGAUAGCAUGGAUUAUUCUACUGCAUAAACUGAAUCUAUUGAAAGCAUCAAUAUUGAGUCAUCCAUGAAUUAAGAAUCAACUGUUAGUAAUAUGAGUGUUGACUCUAAUUCAAUGAAUGAGGAGGAUUCUAUGAUGACGAAUGCCAAUAUCGAGAACUCUAUGCCAGAAUAAGAUUCUAUGUAUAGCACUUCUGAUCCCAAUGAUAUAAGUGCCAUAGAGCCAAUUUAAUAAAAUGUGGAAGAUACAUAAGUUAUCGAAAACACAGAAGUUUCUAAUAUAGCAGAAGUUAACUCUGAAGUUGUCAGUGAAAUAGAUAACAAUAAUAUGAUUGCAGAAUCCAAUGAAAUUAGCAAUAUCGAUCCAAACAACACUGAAAUACCAUAAGAUAAUCAAGUUGAUGUUUCUAAUAUUUUGGAAUCCAAUGUUAACUUGCCUACAGAAAGCAUAGUCUCCAAUUAAAAUGAAGUAGAUCCAAAUAUGGCAUUUGAUGUUCUUCCAAACACAGAAUCACUACAAUCAUCUCCUGAAAUGGACAAUGGAUUUGUAUAAAGUGAAGUCAAUGCUGAUAAACCUUAGGCGAAAAAGACACCAGAAAUCGAAAACAAUUAAGUAGUCUAAAAAGAAGAGAAAGUUGAAUAACAAGUUGAAUAAAAAGUUGAAGAAAAUUAAAACGUAGUAUCAGAUAACAAGAACACUGAAUAAUAAACAGAAUUACCUCAAGCUACAAUCUAAGAGAAUACAGUAGCUGCAACUAAUUAAAAUGUUGAUUCUGUAUAAUAAACUGAUGCCAAUGUUGUAGUACAAGAAGAUGCAAAAACAGAAAAUAAAGAUGGAGAUUAAAAACUCUAAGCCACAGAGUCUCAAACUAAUUAAUAAUUAGUCUAAGGAAACUGCAUUAUUAUAUAUUCAUAAUGCAAUUUCAAGGGAGAAGCUUUAGAAGCUUGCAAUAGUUUAAGCGAAAUUGAGUAAUCUCAUUAUUUAUUCUAGGGAAUUCAAGGCUUAAAUUAGAUCUAUUUACAUUCCAGAAGGAUUGGGAUUGACAGUCUAUGAUGGUGAAAAUUUCACUGGUAAUUUGCAUAAAUUCAAAACAUCAUAAGAAUGUUUGACAACCCCAUUAUCAUUUGCACAACUAAAUAACUCAGGAAAUUAAUUGAGAGGACAAAAUUUGAGAACUAGAUAGUGAUAUCAUAAUAAUAAUCAUUUAAAU